GAAUCCAAUCUCCAAAACAAACACACACACACACACACACACACACACACUCUCUCUCUCUACAAUUCCUCCUCCUCUCUCUCUCUCACAAACUCUGUAUUUGAAAAGCACAAUAGAGCAACAAAGUUCUAUCGUUGCCGGAGAGAGAACAUGAUGGUUGAGAAAGAUCAAGACCUGGGUUUGAGUCUGAGCUUGAACUUUCCGGAUAACCGGAGUUCACUGCAGCUCAAUCUGUUGCCUUCGCACCUCCCAUCUUCUUCUCCUUCCCCUUUCAACCCUCACAAAAACAAUUGGAACCAAACUUUCCCUUCCUCAGAUCGAAACUCGGAGACAUGCAGAGUGGUGGAGGCGAGAUCGUAUCUCAAAGGAAUCGACGUGAAUCGAUUGCCGUCGACGGCGGAAUGCGAGGACGAGGCCGGAGUUUCUUCUCCGAACAGCACGAUCUCGAGCGUGAGCGGGAAGAGGAGCGAGAGAGAGGCCAACGUAGACGAACACGACAACGAGAGGGCUUGCUCUCGAGGUAUCAGCGACGAAGAAGACGGCGAGACCUCGAGGAAGAAGCUCAGGCUCUCCAAGGACCAGUCGGCGAUUCUUGAAGAGAGCUUCAAAGAACACAACACUCUCAACCCUAAGCAAAAACUGGGCUUGGCUAAGCGACUUGGGCUCACUCCACGUCAGGUGGAGGUCUGGUUUCAGAAUAGGAGGGCAAGGACCAAGUUGAAGCAAACUGAGGUUGACUACGAGUUCUUGAAGAGGUGCUGUGAGAAUCUGACGGAUGAGAACAGGAGGCUACAGAAGGAAGUGCAGGAGCUGAGGGCACUGAAAAUGUCCCCACAUUUCUACAUGCAAAUGACCCCUCCCACCACCCUCACCAUGUGCCCUUCAUGUGAGCGUGUCGGAGUCCCACCACCGCCACCAUCAUCGUCCACGACAGCCACACCAGUCGACCCCAGGUCCCGUCUGAUGGCCCCAGCCAGCCAGCGGUCCAUCCCGUUCAACCCGUGGGCCACCGCUCCCGUCACACACAGGCCACUAGAUGCUCUCCACCCUCGAUCGUGAUUAUGGACAAAUUCAAGGGCAAAACCGUCAUCCAAAAUGUUGAUCCUUGGCUUAGACAACAAUAUGGAAUCUAUUGUAGUAGUACUGUACCAUGUUGUAUCUAUGAGGUCUAAGAUAUAGUCGUUUGGAUGUGAUGUGGUGGGGCUCAAGUUGUUUAGUUUUUAUUGAUCCAUCUUCGUUUUUCAGGGUAGGGGGCAAGAGGAGGAACUUUUGAAGAUAGUGAAGGGGACUUUGAAUGUAAAAUAGUCCAUAAUUAUAUAUAAUUGGUUUAAGGUUGUAAUAUUAACUCUAAACCUAAGUUACAUCAAAAUAAAUUACAUAAGAAUGUCUUUGUAUUGUAUAUAGAA